AUGGUCAAAAGUCUUACCGCUGACGAGACAAAGUCCAGCGUUAAAAGACCGCGCAGUACGAGCAGGUCGACUCGCGUCCCGGUUCAUUUCGCUGUACAUAAGCCAGGAUGUCACUUCGAGAGUUGCUGCGGGGUGUGCAAUCUGUUCCCAGGCGUAUUGUUAAUUGCGUUCUCGCAAGUUUUAGUUGGAUCUAUCCUGUUGACGAUCGUUCUCACACACGGCAAGCAGUAUGACGAUAUGCAUCAGACUCCGCACACACAAUUUAUGAGUCUGGCUACUGGAUCUAUGCUGAGCGGAGUCAUCGGCGCUGGUGUGCUUUUGAUCAUUGUGGCACUCACUGAAAACUGUCGAGCAAUGCUGAUUUAUCUACUCGUAGCCACGAUGGUCUGGAUGGGAAUGGUUUCUUUAGCGUUUGCUAAGAUAGGCAGAGCUUGUGUACGUUUUAAAGAUGCCCCGAAAAUAAAAGAUGAACAACACAGACUCGCUAACUUAGCGUGUGUUAGUGGACUCUUCACGUUCCUCGGUGCCGUUGUAUACUUCUUCUCGUUCGUAGUAGUCUUCAGCUUCUACCAUUUCCGGUACGUGAGACGCGCCAUUUUGUUGCACGAAGCAGAAUGUCAGUAA